AUGUGCUCACGUUGUCCGGUGAACGGUGUAGUCACGGUGUGGAUGGAUCGCUCACCACUUCUCCAUACCGUUCUGCUAACCGCCCUCUAUGUCCUGCUUGUGGAUAGCGUGACCGGAAGUGCGGGUGACUUUAACUUCCCGUCCGAUUCGGAUAGCCUCUACGAGGGUGACAAGUGUGGCCUGCCGGGGACAAAAACAGGCAUCUGCCGGAAGGCAGCCGUAUGUCCGCAGGGUAUACGCUCCAACGGUGCACGGUGCGAGUUCAGUGGAAACGAUCCAGUGGUCUGCUGUCCGGACAGUUCGCCCAGCCUCGGUGAUACUACCAGCAACCGUAUCACGACCCGUAUCGCCAAGCAGGAGUGCGAACGUUUCAACAGCGGAUCGGCGCAUCUUACCGAUCACGUAUCGGGACGGCGGCUGGAAGCGGACCGGGGUGAGUUCCCGUUUAUGUCGCUGGUGAUAUUUAAUGGCGAGCAUUCGGAGGGUACCCGUUGUGGUGCGUCACUGAUUGCGCCGAGGUUCCUGCUGACGGCGGCCCACUGCUUCCGGGACGCGUCGCCCGCCAAAGUGUAUCUGGGAAUAAUUCUGCCGAACGAUGCGGAGAAGGACGAGUAUGCUGUGCGGCAACUACACACGCACGAAAAUUACCGAUCCCGGCGGAAUGAUAUAGCGCUGCUAGAGCUGGAGAAGGAUGUCGUGUUUAAGCGCGACGUGAGCCCGAUCUGUCUCAACACGGACGUCAGCGACAUUGGACCGACGGUGAACCUCACCGUGAUGGGUUGGGGCACCGAUGGUAAUGGCAUGCGUGCCGACAAACUCUGGAAAGCGGUGGUCAACGAGAUACCGCUCGAUCAAUGCAAACAGAUGUACCGAUCCGCUAAUCUGUCCGUCAGCAUUACCGACGAUCAGCUCUGCGCACUGGGCGAAAUCUGGCAGGAUGAGUAUACGGACGCGUGCGAGGGCGAUUCCGGUGGACCGUUGGUGAUGCGAGUGCGGCAAAAGUUCUACAUCGUCGGUGUCGUAUCAACCGGUGCACCCUGUGGAGGUAAAAUUCCUGGCCUCUAUACCCGCGUCACCCGCUACCUGGACUGGAUCGAGCAACGUGUCUGGGGCAGCAACCAGAGAUGAGGGAACAC